UCAAUUCAUUACUCCUAUCAAGACAAAACGCAAGAAAAACACGCCGUUUUAUUCACCCACUCUCUGAUUCUGUCUCUGCUUCAUCGUUAACCUUUCAGUGUUCAGUUUCAGAGUCUUUCAGUUGACCUAAUUCCAAAAUCCCAAAAUCCCAAUCCAAAUCAAAAUCAACAAUCACAUCACAGAAAAAUCAACACUUUCUUCAACAAUCAACACCAAUCACACUCAUGUAGUUCCAAUUGUUCUUCACAAAUCAAUAAUUCAUGACAACAAUGAAGAUCAAGAAUCUUCCAGUUCGAUACCUAAUCGUACUCCUAACCUUCAUCUGCACCUCAGUCUGUUACAUCGAACGCGUCGGCUUCUCAAUCGCCUACACCGUCGCCGCCGACGCCGCCGGAGUUAGCCAAUCAACAAAAGGUACAAUUUUAUCAACUUUUUACUACGGUUACGCCUUCUCGCAAGUUCCCGGAGGUUACUUCGCGCAGAAAAUCGGUGGAAGAAAGGUUCUUUUACUUUCGUUUCUAUUAUGGUCUUCAACGUGUGCGCUUCUUCCCUUAGAUCCGAACAGAACCCUAAUUCUUGUAACCGCGCGUUUGCUUGUUGGGGUUGCGCAAGGUUUUAUUUUUCCUUCGAUUCAUACUGUUUUAGCUCAGUGGGUUCCGCCUCAUGAGAGAUCUAGAUCGGUUUCAUUGACUACUUCGGGUAUGUAUCUUGGUGCUGCUUUGGGGAUGUUGUUUCUUCCGAGUUUGGUUAAGUUUAAAGGUCCUCAAUCUGUGUUUAUUGCUGAAGCGUUUUUGGGAUUUGUUUGGUCGAUGAUUUGGUUUAGAUAUGCUUCUGAUCCUAAGGCUUCGGCUUCGGGAGCCGGGGAAUCGCUUUUGCCGGUUAAUAAGAAACUCGAUAGGAAGGUUUCGGAUCGAAAUGUGGAGACUGGAGUUGAGAGAAAUGGUGUUAAGAAGACGGGAGUUGGGAUUCCUUGGGGGAAGAUUAUGACUAGUUUACCUGUUUGGGCUAUUGUGGUUAAUAAUUUUACUUUUCAUUAUGCUUUGUAUGUGUUGAUGAAUUGGUUGCCGACUUAUUUUGAGUUAGGGCUUAAGCUUAGUCUUCAUGAAAUGGGUUCGUCGAAAAUGUUGCCUUAUCUGAAUAUGUUUGUGUUUUCGAAUAUUGGUGGUGUUGUUGCUGAUUAUUUGAUUACGAGGAGGAUAAUGUCGGUGACUAGGACGAGGAAGUUUUUGAAUACGGUUGGGUUUUUAGUUGCUUCGUUUGCGUUGGUUGUGAUACCGAGUUUUAGAACUUCGGCUGGUGCUGUGUUUUGUUCUUCGGUGGCUCUUGGUUUUUUGGCGCUUGGUAGAGCUGGGUUUGCGGUGAAUCAUAUGGAUAUUGCUCCGAGGUAUGCUGGAAUUGUGAUGGGUGUUUCGAAUACGGCUGGUACUUUGGCUGGUAUUGUUGGUGUUGAUCUUACGGGGAAACUGCUUGAAGCCGCUAAGGCAUCUGAUUUGGAUCUUUCGAGUCCGGAAAGUUGGAGGGCAGUGUUUUUCAUUCCGGGACUUUUGUGUGUUUUUAGUUCUGUGAUAUUCGUGUUGUUUUCUACCGGGGAGAGGAUUUUUGAUUGAGGUAGCAGUGUAACAUUCUUUGAUCGUUCAAUCAUUGAUUUGAUCAUGUGCUCUUAUAUUGUGGAGAUUUUAAUUUUUAUUAUAUCUCCAUGUUAUGUUAUUCAUUCUUGGAUAGAGGAGAGUUGAUGUACAAAGCUCCGCGGCCAGAUUGUAUUACCAAUGGAUAUGGAUUUGUUAUCGCCACUAUUAUGAUUUUUCCGACAUGUACUAUUUCUAGUUAGUAAGUAAAGGUUACAAUACAGUUGUAUCAUCAAUGAUUCUUAGGUCUUUCUUUUAUGCCUUGGAUGAAACUCAUAUUUUAUCAUAUUAUUAAUAGAUUGUGCAUUUAUUUUUUAUGUUACUUUUUCAUCUACAAACAUUCUGACUCUUAUUACUUUGUUAUUGGUGGAUUAAUUCAAUAGGAGAGGUGAUGUUGCAACCAUUUACUUCUACUCUUUGCAUUCCUUACUUUGGCUUUUAUAAUCCCUAAUUUGUGUUGAAUAGGGGUUGCCUCCUUUCCCUUGGCUGGAUUUUAUCAGUCAAUUAUGAGAUUAAGAUUGCUGUCGGUUAUUAUUAUAAACUUUGCAGGGCGGGGAACAAUCAAAGACUGACAGGGACGUAUAAGCACGGUGUACGAAGAAGAUUGAGGUUUCUAAGAACUUGAAAUUUGAAUGUUUCUGUAACUGCUGGUAAUGAUCUGGACUAUGGAUUAAGUUUACUCAUAAAUUCAUAAAGAAGACUAGUGUGAGCAACACUCAUUCUAACUCUCUUUAUUGGAUAAAAUUGAUGUUGGUCCAGUCAUUUUGGGAAUAGGUCCCACAUAAAGUGGCGGGCCCUACAUAAACUUCACUAAUUAAGAUAGUGAGUGUUGAAAAGAGUGUCCAAGUGACUGAUGCUACUUUGCCAGCACUUUUCAUUCAUACAAUAAUGACAUAUUGAUCUUAAAAUGAGUACCAAGAAAGAAACAAUAUAGUAAAAGUCAUCAGGUUUCCUUACAUGUUUAACUAUGGUUUCUCCAGUUGAUUCAUUUGAAUUAUUGUUAGUACUUUGUAAUUUCUGUUCUUGGUUUGCAACUGUGUGUAAAUGGUACUAGUACUGUUUUUCUCUUCCCCAAUCCCAUUGUCCUAUUUAUUUGCUGAUGUAGAAGAUCUGAAAAGUUGAAAUAAUGAUUAUUCCUCUUAACCUUGAGAUAUGAUGAUGACAACUUCAAUGCAUUGGUCUUCAUUAUCUUUAGGGAACAUUUUUCUCGGUUUUCCUUUUCAUUAUCUUUCCACUCAUAUACAAAAUUCAUCCAUUUUUUCUUUUCGUUCUACUCGCAUUCUUUUCUCUCAUAAUUUUGUCACAUUUAAGAUCUAUUAAAACUGUAAGCAAAACAAUUAAUGUAAAUAACUUUUACGAAAACUCGGUUUUAACUUGAUAUAACAACCCUACUCGGCUGUCGUUAGAAGUUUGAGUCUGUUUACUUUAUACCAGCGUAACCUUCACUGGUUUGCAUUUUGCUUUAUUCAGAGUUUUGAAACAACCUUUAGAGUUACU